AUGGUAGAUUCAAGACCGGUCAUUAAUCAAGUUCAAGAGAUCCAAGUUAUUUUGCACGAAAUUCAUGCUGAGGGCAUGAAUUUGAGAGAAACUUUCCAAGUGGCGGCUAUUAUUGAGAAGUUGCCACCGUCUUGGAAUGAUUUCAAGAACUACCUUAAGCACAACAGAAAGGAGAUGAACGUAGAAGAAUUGGUGAUUCGUCUACACAUUGAAGAGGAAAAUAAAAGCGCCACAAAGAAAUACUUUAGUCAACAUGUGGCUAAAGCAAAUGUGGUUGAGCAUGGUAAAGACAAGAAGAAACAAAAUUGUUUUGUCAAAAACCGGAACAUUAAUCCUAAAGGAGGAAUUUCUAAGAAGUUCACGGGCAAGUGUAUCAAUUGCAAUGGCAUGGGCCAUAGAUAUUCUGAUUGCAAGAAGUCGAGAAGAGUUCGAGAGACUAACUUGACUCAAGGAUUAUCGGACAUGGAUCUAUGUGCGAUGAUAUCUGAGAUUAACUUGGUGGGGUCUAAUCCACGAGAGUGGUGGGUUGACACAGGAGCUACAAGGCAUGUUUGCUCCAACAAAGAAGUAUUUUUAAGCCUCGAAGAAGUGAAGAAUGGUGAAAAGUUGUUCAUGGGGAAUUUUUCCACUUCUGACAUACAAUGUGAAGGAAAAGUGGUGUUAAGGAGACAUCCUGCUGUUAUCGAAUGGUACACUGAUGUUAAUUGGAUUUUAGAUAUGAAAGACUCUAAGUCAACAAGUGGAUAUGUAUUUACACUUAGAGGUGCAGCUAUAUCUUGGAAAUCUUCUAAACAAACUAUUAUUGCUAGAUCCACGAUGGAAUCUGAAUAUAUAGCUCUUGAAAAAUGUGGUGAAAAAGUUAAAUGGCUACGUCUAUUCUUAGAAGAUAUUCCAAUAUGGUCUAAGCCUGUUUUGUUGUACCCUGGGAAGUAG